CCUAUCAAAAAGGUACAGCUUAAUUUCCAUAUUUACCCUUGUUAUCUUCCAAAGAGAUCGGUCAAACCCGUGGGUCACCCAAUUUGUUUCACGCACAAAUUCGAGGAAGCAACCAACUAAAUUUUCACGGAAACUAUUUCUCUGUCAACCUCUGUCCUCGUCUUCCUCCAUUUCGUGAAACCCUAAUUUCGUUGCAAUCAGCCCAAAUCAGCACAUGAACCCUAAUUAGCUCAUAGCCGUUUUCCCUUUUCACUCCCUAGUUUUUCUAGGGCGAGAUUUUCCCCAAAUUUUCACCUUCAAUUGUCUCUUGCUUUUUUUUUAAUUCAAAGAUGGAUGGCAACAAAGAUGAUGCCUUGAAAUGCUUGAAAAUCGGAAAAGAAGCGUUGGACGCCGGAGAUCGUGCCCGUGCGUUCAAAUUCCUCACAAAAGCUCGUCGCCUAGACCCAACACUUCCCAUCGACAAUCUCUUAGCAGCAGCAGCCGAAAGAGAAUCCGACGGUCGGCCUGCACCCGAAUCUCCGGGGUCCACCAAAGAUCCUUUCGGUUCUUCUCCAUCUAAGCCGCCCGAUCAACCCUCAAUUCGCCAAAGGAAUCCAUCAAAUGGGUCAUCUGCCUCUUCUCCGAUAGCAGCUGCGGCCACCUACGCCGAAGAGCAAAUCACAAUCGUGAAACAAAUCAAGAAAAAGAAGGAUUAUUAUGAAAUUUUGGGGUUAGAGAAAACGUGUUCCGUUGAAGAUGUUCGCAAAGCUUAUCGAAAACUGUCCUUGAAAGUUCAUCCUGAUAAGAACAAAGCUCCUGGCUCUGAGGAAGCGUUUAAGGCAGUUUCGAAAGCGUUUCAGUGCCUAAGCAAUGAAGAAAGUAGGAAAACAUAUGAUCUUGUUGGAUCUGAUGAACCUGUUUAUGAAAGGAGAGCUUCAGCUUAUCGUGGUGGAGGCAAUGGAUUUAAUGGUUUUUGUGAUACUGAGUUCGAUGCGGAUGAGAUAUUUAGGAACUUUUUCUUUGGUGGAAUGCCUCCUGCAACUACCCAAUUUCGAAGUUUCAAUUUUGGGCCUGGAAUGGGAGCUAGAAUGGGGGAUCAUGGCUCUACUGGAUUCAAUAUUCGGAUGCUGAUUCAGUUGUUACCGGUUCUGUUAAUUCUCUUGUUCAGCUUUUUACCGUCUAAUGAGCCUGUUUUUUCACUAUCCAGGUCGUAUCCUUAUGAAUACAAGUUCACAACGCAGAAGGGUGUGACCUAUUAUGUGAGGUCGACGAAAUUUGAGCAGGAUUAUCCGGUUUAUAGUCCUGAGCGUACAAAGAUCGAGGAGCGUGUUGAGAGAGAUUAUUAUUCGGUUUUGGCACAGAAUUGUAGGUUUGAGCUGCAGCGGCAGCAAUGGGGUUUUAUUCGUGAGACACCACAUUGUGAUUUGUUGCAGAAGUUUCAGUCGGCAGCUUAAUGCUUCCAUUGAGGUGGCAGACCGAAUGAAGAAGGCCACACUUUUCACAUUGGGCUGUCUGCUUUAUGUGCUGAGCAAACACACAACUGCACUCUGUAUUGGACAAUACUCAUGACAUGGCAAAAAUCUUUUGCAAUUUCAUAGUUAAGGUUCACAGAUCAUGAUUAGAGAGCAUUAAGACCACAUACGAAAAUUUUCGUGGUAUUGACGUAUUGUUUAAUGGAAGAUUCUAUAUAUAGAGAGUGCGUAUGUCCAGAAUAUUGUCUGGAUCGAAAUGGCAUCUGCACCACCCAUUUUGAUGUUAAUGGAGUUAUUUUAAAAAGUUAAAUUAACUGA